AUGGCAGCUAUUUCUGUCAACAGCCACUCUCAGGCUCAGUCCGAGGCCUCUCCAAGGCCAGAUUAUGCAGUCUCUGCUUCUAAAGCAGAUGCGGCUCAGGGAACAGCCAACGGCGUGGACACCCUCGACAACCCUCAUUUGAAAGAUCUUCAGAGGAGCUUGCGUAAUACCAUGAAGAAGCUGGUCGAUGCUAUCAUCGCAGAAAACCCCGGCAAAUCUCUCGACGAACUAGUUGCGGAGAAGAAGAUCAACGUGGACCAGAAAGCGCAGGCCCUGAAGAAGCCUGCGCUCCAGGCCACCGUCGCUCAAAUCGAGGAGCAAAUCGCUCAAUUCAAGAGCUUCGCCAGCCAUUAUGAGGAGCGCCUGAACAGCCAGAAGGCCGCACUGGAGAAGGCCCACAAGGAAGAAUUGGAUGCUGUUCGGGAAAAGGUUCGCGCGGAGGCUACUGAGUUUCACCAGAAGGAUCUCAGACAGCGUCUGCUUAGCCUGACCAAGUUCCUUUGCGCUGCCGCCGCCAUGAGGCGCUCCGGUGACGAGACAUCCCCCGAGAGCCGUGCAUUUGAAGGUGUUCUUUACCAAGUCUACGGAGGCACCCAGGACGCAGUGAGCUCUAUGCUCAAACUGAUCGAAGGAGUAGACGAGAAGGUCGUCAGUGUGGAGGGAGAAACGCUUGAGGUCUCCUACGGUAAGAUGAAGCAAACAUCCGAGGAGUAUGUUCCCGGGGAAGCUACAGAGGAGGUAACUGCAGAAGCAAGUGCAACCUCUGAUCCUACGUUGGCGAAUGCGGCCUACACUGAACUCCAGGACGGCCCUCUUGACGCCGGUGCUACAGCAGCCAACGAGAUUGACUCCUCUGCGCCUAAAGCUGAGGUCUCUCCACCCGCGCAGACUCUCGUUUCCGAUGCUGCUAAUCCUGUAGCCGAGGCGUCGUGGGAACAGAACGGGGCUGGCUCGCUCGAGUCGUCGGCAAAUGCUGACGGCUGGGUUGAGGUGCCUCGCGACCCGGCGGAGACGGAGACGGGCCUACAGGCCACCCCUGCCUCUGUCGAUACCGGUCUGAAGGACAACCAGACUGUCGCUGCGGCCUCCGGACAGAGUGAUGAACAUGUCUCCGUGCCUAAGGCGCAGGGCAGCGACGGAUUCGAACCCGUUGUGCACCAUCAGAGACAGCCUAGUGGCCGCGGUCGGGGCCGCGGUGGACGUGGCCGGGGAGAUGGAUUCCGUGGACGCGGCCGUGGCGAUUUCAGGGGCCGCGGUCGAGGACGCGGUGGGCGUGGCCGCGGCGGACCAAAUGGGGCCCCAGCUGCAGCUCCAGCUGCAGCACAGUGA